AGGUUGGUCCUGGAGCAGAUGAGCGCAGAAUAUUUAGGCGAAGGCGAGGGGCGGGGGGAGCGCGGGGCAGGCGGAGUACCUCGGCCAAGAAAAUUAUGCAUGCGUUAGGGAAGCUCUGAGAGAAUGGCUGUGGAAGCUCUCCAUUGUGGUUUAAAUCCACGGGGUAUUGAUCACCCUGCCCACGCUGAUGGUAUUAAAUUGCAAAUUGAUGGUGAAAGUGUGGAAUCUCAAUCCAUUAAAAACAAAAGUUUCCAGAAGGUGCCUGACCAAAAAGGAACCCCCAAGAGACUUCAGGGAGAAGUUGAGACAACUAAGUCAGCUACGGUGAAGCUGUCAAAGCCAGUGGCUCUGUGGACCCAGCAGGAUGUCUGCAAAUGGUUGAAGAAACAUUGUCCAAAUCAGUAUCAGAUCUACAGCGAGUCAUUCAAACAACAUGACAUAACGGGACGAGCCCUGUUGAGACUCACAGACAAGAAGCUGGAGCGCAUGGGGCUUGCCCAGGAGAACCUUAGACAGCACAUCCUACAACAGGUGCUCCAGCUGAAGGUGCGAGAAGAGGUCAGAAACCUGCAGUUACUCACACAAGCCUCAGCUGAGGGUUCUCCAUAAACCCAGUUGGCCUUUCAAGCUGCUGUCCUGCCAUUGGUGUGAACAUGGCCUGACUCUAGAAAAAGACUAACUCGUGGCACUGCCAGAAGAGAUCCUUGGAGCACUGAGAGAUUAACUGGAUUAACUGAAAAAACACUCAUUCAAUCAAGAUUAUGGGCUUUGGGGGAAAAAAUCCUGGUUUGCUAUGGAUUUUUAAAUGAGGUACAUAAUAUGCAGUGCUAACUGGUUCCAAGUGGUCAUUGGCAGACCAUUAGCUGGAAAAUUGCUUCCAGUUUUCAUCACUGUGCAUAACUCAAGUUCCCUUUGGGCUCUGUCUGUGCCCUUCACUAGAAGUCCUGUCUUAGCAUGGCAACUACUGGAUUAUUUUAUUAUGUGUGCAGAUGGCAUGAUGUUCUAGAAAAAAAAAAUUAGAGCAGUUCUGCAAUCUCAGUGGAAGUGUUCACAAUAUUAUGUCCUGGUAGGAUGUAAACCUGUCUCGAUUAUGUUAGUUAUGAUGUUCAAAGGUAUUGUGUCCAACUCUGAAGCACUUUAUAUGAGAUUACUAUGCUGAGAUCAAUUAGCACGUUUGGUACAUGUAGGAAAACAAGAGUUUUCUUUUUUCUUUUCUAAAUCUUGUCAUAUUUCUGGCUCAGACUGUCUUAAGACAAGCUCUACUCCUAGCAUAUCCCCAGUCAUUUGUGAUAGAUUGGUAUAAAUAUGGCCAUAAUACUGUUAGAUUUAACCUCUUCACACUUUGCUGAGUAACUGGAUUACUUGCAGCACCAAA